AUGCGCGGUGGUGAUUGAUACUCGAUGGUCGACAAUUCGUUCGGAAUGGAUAAUACUUAAAAAUCAUUUCUUUAAAAAAUCAUAACUUGAGUUAUUCUUCAUCAUAUGUCUUAAUCAAUGCAUCAUCGUAAUGGGUGACACAUUUUCUUUAUGUUGAGUCGCAAUCUUGCCUCUUGGAACGGGAAAAUAUUUGUGCCUUCAGUUUGCAAGCAAGCCACCAUCGCAUCAUCAUUAUUACAUCACAUCAUGUCUUUGCCAGAGUCAGAGAUGGAUCAGUAUCUUUUAGACGUCCAGGUUUACUUCACAGCCACGGAAUGGGCACAGUUCAGCAGUUAUGAAAGAAUUUGUAUCAAGAACGUCAAAGAAAACUAUGAGAUGAUGAACAAAGUUGGAUUACAGGUCAAUCCACCUAUGUUUAUGCAACGUCAGCUAGAAAUAAAAAUAGAGAUCAAAGAGGAAAAUGAUAGUGAGGAUGAGGAAAUGAUGUUAGAACCCUUCCAAGUACCUGUCGAGUACGAAAAGCCAGAUCAUAUAAACGAGAACAAGUUACACGAAGACAGUCCAAAUCAUGUCACUAUUAAAGUGGAGAUUGAGUAUGAUGAUGAUGGGAAUCUGCUAAAUGCUCAUGAAAUCAAAGGAGAAGGAAUCAUUGCACUCCUUGCAAUUGAGGACUAUGAUGAGGCUAUCCAGACACAAAUCAAUCUAACAUCAUCAGGUGAUCAGAGGUCAGGUGAUCUCAACACUCAGUCAGGUUAUCUGAAGGCAGAACAAACCUUGACAAAAGUAGCUUCAGGGGGAGACCAGACUCCCAAGCAAUUGGGUGAUCUCAACACUCAGUCAGGGGAUCUCAAAACAAAGUCAUGUGAUCUGGAGACUGAACAGACCUUGACAGAAGUAGCUUCAGCGGGCAACCAGACCCCCAAGCAAUCCCAACCAUCUUGUUCAAAAGUGGAGGAAGGAGAUGAUUGGCAGGAAAGAAAGGGCUCAGAUUCUGGGAUCUACCGAUGUGAGUACUGUGGAUCAUUCUAUGCUAUUCCUCUCAUCUUAGCAAGGCAUCUCAAGUACAAACAUGGAAUACGUGGUAUCUACAUGCGGUCGCAGGAGGGCAUUCUACAGUUUGUUGAUGGAGAAAUACAAAGACCUCCCUGUAAAUCUAAUGACUUUGAACUUGGUGAAAUGGGGAUUUUAAAAGAAGGAAAUAUGAUACUUGAGUAGUUCGGAGGAUACUAUGGAUUUGGCCUCGUCCCGCCGCGUCCGCCGCAGAGAUUUCCUUGUGAGCGCUCUAUCAGCUGCAUUUCUUCUCCGAUCAUCUUCAAAUUUGGCAUGAAGGUUGAGUAUGGUAUAGCGAAGAAGCCUAUUGAUUUUGGUGUGGGCGGAGACAUCGUUGCCAUGGUAACAAGAGUUUUUGUGGAAAUAUAGCAGAGAUGUCCUUGUGAGCACUCUACCAGCUGCAUUUCUUCUCCGAUCAUCUUUUAAUGUGGCAUGAAGGUCCAUUAUGGUAAAGCAAAGCCGCCCAUUGAUUUUGGUGUGGGCGGAGACAGUGUUGCCAUGGUAACAAGAGUUUUUGUCUCACCCACCAGAGGUGAAGGCGAGACUGAGGGAUCCAAACGUCGCCCGUCCGUCCGUCACAAACCUUAUGACACAACUCCACAGCCGUAAGUCACUUUUCAACAAAACUUGGAUGGUAUAUGGACUUGGGGGACCUGCAUGUUAUGCUGCAGUUCGAGGUCACAUGGUAAGGUCAAAGGUAAUUUUCAGGUCAACGUUAAAGUUUACAUGCAAGACUCUCUUAUGACACCUAACUCCGCAACCGUAAGUCACUUUUCAACCAAACUUGGAUGGUAGAUGGACCUGGGGAACCUGCAUGUUAUGCUGCAGUCAGAGGUCACAUGGUAAGGUCAAAGGUCAUUUUCAGGUCAACGCUAAAGUUUACAUGCAAGACUCUCUUAUGACACCUAACUCUGCAACCAUAUGUCACUUUUCAACCAAACUUGGAUGGUAGAUGGAUUUGGGGUACCUGCAUGUUAUGCUGCAGUCGGAGGUCACAUGGUAAGGUCGAAGGUCAUUUUCAAGUGAAUGUUAAAGUUUACAUGCAAGACUCUCUAAGAUACCUAACUCCGCAACAGUAAGUCACUUUUCAAGCAAACUUGGAUGGUAGAUGGACUUGGGGGCCUGCAUGCUAGGGUCAUUGUCGCCAUGAUAAUUGUAUUUAUUUGUCAAAUUUCUGUGUGAGCUCUAUAUAUGGCAAUGACGGAUGAUGCGGUGGGUUCAGGGAAUACAUGUGCUCGGCUGCGUGACCCGCCGAGCAUCUCUAGUUUUUUUACACAUUCAUAUAUUUCUUCCCUUUUCAUUCUACCCCGCACCUGUUUUGGAGCCGUUUAUUUCUUGGUGGAGAUUGAGCGCCUUUUUGUAUCAGGCUCUUUUCUCCUUCCAUUCAUUCCACCUUUUCAACUUUUCCUUCUCUACUCAUUUGUUAUAGGCAAUCAAACAAAUGUCAUAGUGGUUUCAAUAGUCUCUAUGGGUGUAAAAUGUAAUUUUUCUUACAUAUUCUGUUGUUUAUUUACCAAAUUGUAUUCCUUCCACUACAUAUCGAACGCCACACAACAUGAUCUACGGACAAAUUACGGAUAUUAUUUACAUUGAUUUACUCAAACCCAGAAUAUAUAAAUCUUAACAUGGCAUUUACUUUCAUAAUUCAUAUGAAAAACUCAUUAUUUGUCAAAAUGUUUGUUCCUUAAGUUAUGAAACCUAUUCAAGUUCAUAAAAAUAAUUGUUUAAUUCUUCUAAGUAUCAGUUUAUAUAUAGAUAAAUUUCCUCAGUCUCUCACCCAUCCCAAACAUGUAAUUUAUCUUCUUGCAGGCACAAAUGAAAAUUAUUUCUAUUAAUAUGUCUGUAUUUUUAUCAUGAAUAAAUCUACAACCUUAUUUUUUGUGCCAUAUGCUAAACCAUCUCUUCAUGAAAAUGCAUGUUAAUUCAUAACGGUUACAUUUUAUACACUCAUUUGCAUUACCUGAGGCAUAACGUGCAGUGCUGUCAGAAAUCCACUUAAAUUAUAUUUUGGUAAUUCAGAUAAACCUCUUAGACGAUAUAAUUUUCAAUGCUGGGGUGGAUUUUAAUUACUUUAAGUCGAUUUUAUUAGAGGGGGUGGGUAGGGUGUAUCUAGCUCGAUAAGAAGUUUUCAUUUUCAAAAGUCUCACUCAGGCAGGAUAGUAUUUCGAAUUCUUGUACUUAAAAAAACAUCAUUAUGCAACUAACCUUGAUUUAUUAGAAGUACCUCUUAUUCCUUAAUUAAUUCAAACAAAGGUUCUGUCUUCUUUAUUAACAAUUAUUCAUUUUUUCAUAUCUUUUUCAUCAUUUGUUAUUUACCUUGUUUUGGACCCUAUAUGGAAGACUAGCAGAGUGAUGCCUACAUUGUCAAUGUUCGAUGAGAACAAAUAUUUAGACAUAACAAUCAAUUUCAACGCAUAUUAUUUUAAAUAAAUAUGUUAUUUAUGUUACACUCUUGGUAUGAAGCAUGUUUGUUUCUGUUAAGCUUUCAACAAAUGAUCAAGUAUUUUUUCCCCUUUUUAUUUCAAUAAACCAAAUUGUAAUUGGUUUUACCCUAUUGUUUGAAUAAUCUUUACUACUGAACAGAAUUUCGAUACUUAAUGCGUACAUUUGUCAUACAUUAUAAGAAAAUUUCAAUCUCUUUUCAGCAUCAUUUAGCAAAUGGACAUUUGAAUUAUCUAAACGACAUUUGAUUUACCUAUGUACGACUUGAUGCCUUAAUUCAUGCAUGAUUAUGUAACAAUUGCUAUUGAACGGAUAUUUGCAUUCCCUACGGACAUCUUAUUUACCUAUUAGGACAUUUGAUUUACGUAUAAAAAAAUGAAUUCUAUUGUGCGGACAUUUGACUUCCCUAAGGACAUUGUAUUCAUCUAUUGGGAUACAAUUCUGGUUAAUGGGACAUUUGAAUUCCCUAUCGACAUUUGAAUUACCUAAUCGGACACUUGCUCUGACACGGCGGACAUUUGACCUGGAAAACCUAUAAUAUAGGUAUAUUUACCCAGGGAAGCCACUUCAGUUCUGAAAACUGUUUUAACAGCGGGCCCUGCUAUUAUUAUUACCCCAGCUUUACCCGGGCUGCUUAGGCGCUCAGGCAUUCAAGGAAUUUCUUCCUACCGGGUACCCAUUCACCUCACUUGGGUUGAGUGCAGCACAAUGAGGAUAAAUAUCUCGCUGAAGGAAAUUAUUGUAUGUUUGAAUUUGACAGCGCCAUUAUGAGGCUGCGAUGAAUGCAAGGAAUGCCCUCCAGUGAAAGGAAAUCGUGCACUUUUCACGUGGGAUUGAAAUUAAUCCAAUGACCGGGGUAAUGAUAUGCAAUAAAGCAGUUUGAGCUGUUAUGGGAAAAGUGCUGCAUAAGAUCCAGCUAUUAUUAAUAUUGUCUCAUAAAACAUAAAUUAAUUAAUUUACUUCCUAGAGGAAGUAAAUGGGUACCCAGACAUGCCAACUGUUCCCUUUUUAGAGUAUUUGUUCCUCUUUUUUGCUAUAAAUACACCAAUACUUUUUUGUAUGACUUGUUACUUUAUAAAAUAAUUUCUGAUCAUGGAGUAUGUAUUAUACAUAGCGCGCCACACUAGCGCCAGUCCGACAGUCCCAGACCGGUAAAAAUCACUGUCGGGCCAGUAAUUUGUUGCAUGAAAAGAACAAGUAAAUUCUUGCCUACGAGCACAUGUUUAACAGGGUGAAUUAUCAAGUUUUCAAGUUGAUUCAUUUCACAUGUUCUUUCGCCGAUCUCAUUACAACAGGCUGGCGAUUGUUAUGUUGAGACAAGUUUUUAAAUAUACUCUUUUUUGUCAAAAAAUACUUUUUUUCCUUAUAAGAAUACCUUUUUGGGGUUGUAGAAGGUUGACAGGUUCGGGUACCUGGGAGGAUUGGUUCCUUGAAUGCACUUUUACCACACAGUGCAACACUUUGACCACACUGCAGCACUGUGGACACUAAACACACUGCAACACUGUGGACACUAAAAACACUGUGAUCACUGUACACACUCUGCAACACUGUCAACACGCUUACACUGUGGACACUAAACACACUGUGCAACACUGAACACACUCUGCAACACUGUCAACGUGCUUACACUGUGGACACUAAACACACUGUGCAACACUGAACACACUCUGCAACACGCUUACACUGUGAACACUAAACACACUCUGCAACACGCUUACACUGUGGACACUAAAUACACUGUGCAACACUGUCAACACGAUUACACUUUGGACACUAAACACACUGCAACACUGUGAACACUAAACACACUCUGCAACACACUUACACUUUGACCACUUAGUGCAACACUAUGAACACACUGAACAUCCCCCCCCCCCUUCAAUGGGGAUAUUCUUGGCAAACAAAUGAAACAUUAAAAUACUGGACUGACAAGUAUUACAAAAUGUUAUUUUGUAUUUGAUAAUUAAAUGAUAGAGAUGUUUCAAGCUAUACCAUCUGUUUUAACUCUGCAUUGUUUAAAAUUUUGUUGUGCAAUGUAUUUGUCAUUUUUUAUAAUUAAUUAUUGAAUAUCUAGUAAUGAUACUGAUAUCUGGAAUUGUUCAUUAUAAAAUUAUAUACAGUUUUAUACUUCAAAUAAAUAGAACUGAAUGCACAGUUAUAUUUCCAAUAAAUCC